AUCACCAUCUUUUGGUGAAAUCUCCGGCUCCGGGGAAACAGAAACUGGAGAGCGACGACUUGUACAGUAGACGGGAUCGGACUUCGGAGGAGUGGAGGCUCGUUGCGGUUGGCGAUGGCGGCGCGGGGAAGGAACGCGGCGGAUGUCCUGGUGCUCUUCGACGUCGACGACACCCUCACCGCGCCCCGCAAGCCGGUGACGCCGGAGAUGCUGGAGUUCAUGAGACAGCUGCGACAGCACGUGGCUCUUGGCGUGGUGGGUGGAUCUGAUCUGGCCAAGAUUACCGAGCAGCUCGGCAAAUCAGGUCUGGAACCUAUACAAUCAAUUUUUACUGAUUACGAUUACGUCUUCUCUGAAAAUGGCCUGGUUGCACACAAGAACGGAGAGCUAAUUGGAACUCAAAGUUUGAAAUCAUUUCUCGGAGACGACAAGCUGAAGGAAAUUAUUAACUUCACUCUUCACUACAUUGCUGACUUGGAUAUCCCAAUUAAAACGGGUACAUUCAUAGAGCUCCGAAAUGGGAUGAUUAACGUGUCUCCUAUAGGGAGAAAUUGCAGUCAGGAGGAGCGUGAUGAAUUUGAGAAGUAUGAUAAGGUGCAUAACAUCCGGCCUAAGAUGGUGUCUGUGCUUCGUGAAAGGUUUACACACUUGAACCUGACAUUUUCUAUCGGUGGGCAGAUUAGUUUCGAUGUUUUUCCCCAAGGCUGGGACAAAACUUACUGUUUGAGAUAUCUUGAGGAGUUUCAGGAAAUCCAUUUCUUUGGUGAUAAGACUUACAAGGGUGGCAAUGAUUAUGAGAUUUUUGUAUCUGACAGAACAGUUGGGCAUACAGUUACCAGCCCUGAUGACACGUUACAACAAUGCAGAGAUCUCUUCAUGGCUAAGUGAUCUCCAUCUUAUUGUGCCACUUAUUUGUAUGCCUUGUAGAUAUUCCUGUGACCAUAUUUUAUUUUUUGCAUUUUUACAGCGAUUAUAUGCCACCAUUUUUUGCUUGAAGUUCAAGCAAAAAAUUGUGCUUACUCCACAUUGCCAAAUUUUGUGCUCUGAGUACAAUUGGCGACUAUAAGUGAAGAAUUCAUACCCUUUGCUUUUGUCUGCUAAAAUUUUCAGGUUACUAGUGUGUAAGGCGUUAGGAAAGGAAAAAAGUAACUAGUGUAACUGCAGGCGCGUUCGCCUCUGCUGAAAGCUGGCUGUGGCUGUGGCUGCAGCUGAUGAACUGCUAACCGAACACUUCCAGCUGCUUCAAAUGCGAUAGCCUGACAGCCAGUUGUUUACAUGGAAGCAAAUCGAACUAACUUUGUGAUACUCUGCUGAGACCGUUUGUAGUCAUGCAAUGCUCAACCCGAAAAAGACAAGUUGUAAAAUACCCCAAAAAAGUCUGAACAGAUGUUUCUCACACUGACACUCAAAGGCACCAUUGAGAAGCGAUGUCAUUGUCCAUUCA